AUGCGUACCAUCCCCAACGCUCUGACUGUCACCCUGAAUGACGGCACUGUCCUUGAGGAGGUCGUCGUUGAGGCUCCCCUGGGCCACCGUCUCCGUCGUGAGGAGGCCAAGCCUGAGAUUCUGGCCAAGUACAAGCGUCACCUCCAGGCGCACUUCGACCAGGCUCGCAUCGAUGAGCUGCUCCAGGUGGGCUGGGACCGCCAGCAGCUCGAGAACUACGAGGUUGACAAGUACGUUGACCUUUACGUGAAGGACAAGAUGGUUGCCUCUUCCUAG